CAGGACAGGGAGAGGAGUGCUGCAGUGGGACUCAGACGUCGGUGUUGUGUGGUGGGCAAAUACAAAACAGAACUUUAACUCAGUAAACUCUCAAGUCUCGAACAUCUGACAGAGCAAGAUGUCAAAAGGACCAGCAGUGGGCAUAGAUCUGGGAACCACAUAUUCCUGUGUGGGCAUCUUCCAACAUGGCAAAGUUGAGAUCAUUGCCAAUGACCAAGGAAACAGGACCACACCCAGCUAUGUGGCCUUCACUGACACAGAGAGACUGAUUGGAGAUGCUGCCAAGAACCAGGUGGCCAUGAACCCCUCUAACACUGUAUUUGAUGCUAAGCGUCUGAUUGGUCGUAAGUUUGAUGAUGCUGUGGUGCAGUCAGACAUGAAGCACUGGCCCUUCAAGGUUGUGAAUGACUCAUCCAAACCCAAGAUGGAGGUUGAAUACAAGGGUGAGAUGAAGACCUUCUUCCCUGAGGAGAUUUCCUCCAUGGUCCUCACCAAGAUGAAGGAGAUCUCUGAGGCCUACCUUGGCAAGCCAGUGACUAAUGCUGUUAUCACAGUUCCUGCUUACUUCAAUGACUCCCAGCGCCAAGCCACCAAAGAUGCUGGAACUAUUGCUGGACUUAAUGUGCUGCGAAUCAUCAAUGAGCCCACUGCUGCAGCCAUUGCCUAUGGCUUGGACAAAAAGGUUGGUGGUGAGCGCAAUGUCCUCAUCUUUGACCUUGGGGGUGGAACUUUUGAUGUGUCCAUCCUAACCAUUGAGGAUGGCAUAUUUGAGGUUAAGGCCACAGCUGGCGAUACUCACUUGGGUGGUGAGGACUUUGACAACCGCAUGGUGAACCAUUUUAUUGCUGAGUUCAAACGUAAGUUCAAGAAGGACAUCAUCAACAAUAAGCGAGCUGUGCGUCGUCUGCGUACAGCUUGUGAGCGUGCCAAGCGCACCCUCUCCAGCAGCACCCAGGCCAGCAUUGAGAUUGAUUCACUCUACGAGGGGGCAGAUUUCUAUACUUCCAUCACCAGAGCCCGUUUUGAAGAACUUAAUGCAGACUUGUUCCGAGGAACACUUGAACCUGUGGAGAAGGCCCUGCGGGAUGCCAAGAUGGACAAAGCCCAGAUUCAUGAUAUUGUCCUAGUGGGUGGUUCCACUCGUAUCCCCAAGAUUCAAAAGCUGCUGCAGGACUUCUUCAACGGCCGUGACCUCAACAAAAGCAUCAACCCUGAUGAGGCUGUGGCCUACGGUGCAGCUGUGCAGGCCGCCAUCUUAGCUGGUGAUAAGUCUGAGAAUGUACAGGACCUACUCCUGCUGGAUGUCACCCCUCUGUCUCUGGGAAUUGAAACCGCUGGAGGAGUGAUGACUGUCCUUAUCAAAAGGAACACCACCAUCCCCACCAAGCAAACACAGACUUUUACCACCUACUCAGACAACCAGCCUGGUGUGCUCAUUCAGGUCUAUGAAGGUGAGAGAGCCAUGACCAAGGACAAUAAUAUCCUGGGCAAGUUUGAGCUGACUGGUAUUCCACCUGCCCCCAGGGGAGUCCCUCAGAUUGAGGUGACCUUUGACAUUGAUGCCAAUGGCAUUCUCAAUGUGUCUGCUGUGGAUAAAAGCACUGGCAAGGAGAACAAGAUAACCAUCACCAAUGACAAAGGGCGUCUGAGCAAGGAGGACAUUGAGCGCAUGGUGCAGGAGGCAGACCAGUACAGGGCUGAGGAUGAGGCCCAGAGAGAGAAGGUCACAGCCAAAAACUCCCUGGAAUCUCUGGCCUUCAACAUGAAGAGCACAGUGGAGGAUGAGAAACUCAAAGACAAAAUCAGUCCUGAGGACAAGAAGAUCAUUGUGGACAAGUGCAAUGAUGUCAUUGCCUGGCUGGACAGGAACCAGAUGGCAGAGAAAGAUGAAUACGACCACCAGCAGAAGGAGCUUGAGAAGGUGUGCAACCCUAUCAUCUCCAAGCUAUACCAGGGGGGCAUGCCAGGAGGGAUGCCUGGAGGAAUGCCAGGAGGGAUGCCUGAUGGUUUCCCUGGAGGAGCUGGAGGUGGCUCAUCCUCUGGCCCAACCAUCGAGGAGGUCGACUAAAUGUUCAAUAGACAGAAUCACUAUCUCAGAUCACAACAUAACUUUACUGUCUUAAAGCUAAUAUCUUGGUGAAUUAACGCUAGAUUGUAGCUAAUUUUGACUUGUUUGCUCAAAAAAUGCAGUUAAGGAUUUCAUUACUUAAAACAUCUGAGCAACUGAACUGAACAUCUGACAAGAAACCCCAUAACACAUGCAAAUGUGUGCUCAUUGUCUGCAUUGUUGAUAUCACUUCAGUAAUU